GACCUGGCAACACGGUACUUCCUGUCCCAGCGCCGCAGCCAUGAUGCAGGAAGGGCUGGACGAUGGACCCGACUUCCUCUCCGAGGAGGACCGGGGGACACAGGCGGUGAACGUGGAUCUGGAGAUGGACGCUACGCUACAAGUAGACAUCUCUGACGCCCUGAGUGAGAGGGACAAGGUCAAGUUCACCGUCCACACUAAGAGCACGCUCCCAAACUUCAAACAGAACGAGUUCUCCGUGGUCCGACAGCAUGAAGAGUUCAUCUGGCUGCACGACUCGUUCGUCGAAAACGAAGACUAUGCAGGAUACAUUAUCCCUCCAGCCCCUCCCAGACCUGACUUUGAUGCAUCCAGAGAGAAGCUGCAGAAGCUGGGGGAAGGAGAAGGAUCCAUGACCAAGGAGGAGUUCACCAAGAUGAAGCAGGAACUGGAGGCAGAGUACCUGGCCAUCUUCAAGAAGACCGUUGCCAUGCACGAGGUCUUCCUGUGCCGCGUGGCUGCUCAUCCCGUCCUUAGGAAAGACCUCAACUUCCACGUUUUCCUGGAGUACAACCAGGAUCUUAGUGUACGAGGAAAGAACAAGAAGGAGAAACUUGAGGACUUCUUUAAAAACGUGGUGAAGUCCGCAGAUGGCGUCCUGGUGGCCGGAGUCAAGGAUGUGGAUGAUUUCUUCGAGCACGAGAAGACAUUCCUGUUAGAAUAUCACAACAGAGUCAAAGACGCCUCGGCCAAAUGUGACAGAAUGAUCCGCUCACACAAAAAUGCUGCUGACGACAUGAACAGAAUCGCCUCGUCUCUGUACUCGUUAGGAACGCAGGACUCCACAGACCUCUGCAAGUUUUCCUUGAAGGUGUCGGAGCUGUUCGAGAAGACCAGGAAAAUAGAAGCUCGAGUUGCAGCGGAUGAAGAUUUGAAGUUGGCCGACUUGCUUAAAUAUUAUCUGAGAGAGUCGCAGGCUGCAAAGGACCUGCUGUACCGGAGGAGCCGGGCUCUGGUGGACUACGAAAAUGCUAACAAAGCUCUGGAUAAAGCCAGAGCUAAAAACCGGGAUGUUCUGCAGGCCGAGACCAGCCAACAACUCUGCUGCCACAAGUUUGAGAAGAUCUCAGAGUCUGCCAAGCAAGAGCUCAUAGACUUCAAGACAAGAAGAGUGGCGGCGUUCAGGAAGAACCUGGUGGAGCUGGCGGAGCUGGAGCUCAAACAUGCCAAGGGAAACCUCCAGCUUCUGCAGAGCUGCUUGGGUGUCCUGAAAGGAAACGCCUAACCGCCACACCCGCCCACAGCCAGCUGGAUGUGCUCGUUGUUGGGGCUGAGAAAGUGAGGAUGGAUGAACAACAUGGAGAGCUCUAGACCAGAGAGAGAGAGAAACAACAGAGGGGUUAAAAACGACAGGAAGUCUGUUUUCUUCAUCACUAAUGGUCUUCAUCUUCCUCACUCUUUCUAAGAGCACCCAUACUGGUUACAAUGGUCUUACUGGUGCAGAAUCAGACACGCAGCAUUCGUACUGUACUAUUCUACCUUUUCUUUCUUUUCCUUCUUGGUGGCGUUCACCGUUAUCAGCAGUAAUAAAAUGUCCCGUCUGUCCUCUUCAGUCUGAAUCUCUUUCACCUGUCGUCUGGGUUUAUGCAGAGUUUCAGGACGUUCCUACAGGCUGCCUUCGCAGGACCCCCCCCCCCCCCCCCCCCCCCCCAACAUCAAGACACGUCUACAUGUCCCUCACAAAUCUGCCUGAAGCUGCAUCGACCACAUGAAGACGAGUAGGUUCAGGUUGUUUCUGCUGUUCACCAACAACCUGAACCAGUAACUCCAACGUCUCCACCGUCCAACGCGGAGACACGAGGCUCAGUCAGGAAACCUCAACCCAAACAAAGUGCAGACUGUAAAAUCAGAGUUUUAGAUUUUUGUCCUUUUUUUUUUUUUUUUUUUUUAAGAUUUCUCAGAAUUAGGAGAGUUGGAUGUGCUCGUAGUCAUGUGAUCACAAACUGCUAUCAGGAGUUUGUCUGGCUGCCAAGUUUCCAUUUUUAUCACUUCCUGAGGUUUCACAUCAAAACUGAACAGUGGGUUCUUUCAGGAACUUUCAGGAUUCGGACAAAACAAAACUGCUCUCUGUCUUGGUGUCUGCUGCAUCUGUUGUCCGUCCAUCCUCAUCGUCCUCCUCCUCACAAGUUCUUGAUGGCACUCGUACGUGUACGAUUCGUUUUCAUGUGCAGGCCAGAUAUCAUUAAAGUGUAACUUUAAAAAGUAAAUUCAACAAAAAAAUAAAAACAAAGCAUUGUACAUGUUUUUAUUAACUAAUGAACACUAGUCAUCACGUCGCUUCGUUUUCCUCCAGGAUCUUUUCCUUUGGUCAUUCCAGUCAAUGGUGGAGCUUCAGUCUUUUUGCCUUAACGUCAGUUCGCUGCUCCGUUUGAUUUAUUGUAAAAAAAAAUAACAAAAAAAAUGAAGUUUUUAAAAAAUAAAAAAAAUCACCUUUUUUUUUUGUCCCUUUACCUUUUUGUUUUUAACUGCACUGUAUAUGAAUGUUUUUCACUCUUAUGUGACCAAAGCUUCCAUGACUGACUCGAGAUGGAUGUGAUGAAGCCGUGAAGAAGAGUAAACGAUGAUGAUGAUGGUGAAAUCCACAACAUUUUAGUUUAACUUCAGCAGGUCUGUAAUCCAUGCUGUCAUUCUGAGACUCAAUAAAAACUUUCUGGACACUUUUCUUACAA